UGUAGCUGUGUGUGUGAGAUCAAGUGAAGUCCGGUGUGAUAUGUGACGUCACGUGCAUGUUUGUGAUAACUAUCGGUCUGGACGUUCGUAUUUUACUGAGACUUACUUUGCAGCGUUUUUCUUUUUUUCACCAGCUACAACAGAGGAGAAAACAUGCACUGUCAGUGGCGCGGAUGUGAGGACUGGAAGACCUUUGGUGUUCCGCUGUCGACGACCAGUAAUGAAGCUAGCAAGGCAUUUGACGCCACCGUCACUCAGUAUGUCGGCUGGUACGAUGACGCAAAUGCCGGGGGAUUGGAGAAGUCGGCCAUCAACAUGAUUCAGGCGGAUCCGAACUUCGUGAUGGGUCAUGUUCUAAAGAACGGACUGGAUGUGUUAGGGACGGGCCGGACCACCAGGCUGGACCAGGAAUUUGCGAAGGAUCUGGAUAGAAUGGUUGAGUUGUCUAAAUCCCCGUCUGUGACAGAACGAGAGAAGAACCACGUGACCGCUGUCAAGUUGUGGGCUGAUGGUUUCUCGGACGCGGCGUGCCAGGUGUGGGAGGACAUCUUGGUCGACUGCCCGCUCGACAUUCUGGCGCUCAAGUUCGCGCAUGACAGUUACUUCUACCUGGGCUACUCCAAUCAGAUGCGAGAUGGGAUUGGUCGGAUUUUGCCUUUCUGGAAACCCACGAUGCCGCUCUACGGGUAUGUGAUCGGUAUGCAUUCGUUUGGGCUUGAAGAAACCAACCUGUAUGACCGGGCAGAAAAAGCAGCUAGGAAGGGUCUGGAGAUCAACCCACGUGACGCUUGGUCGACACACACGCUGUGUCACGUGAUGGAGAUGACGGGAAGACAGGACGAGGGGAUUUCCUUCCUCACUGACACGGUUAAAAACUGGACAACAUGCGGGAUGAUCGCUUGCCAUAAUUUUUGGCACUGGUCUCUGUAUUACAUUGAAAAGGCGGAUUAUCAGAACGCUUUGAAUAUAUUUGAUAACGAGGUGAAGGUUCGAUCCAUAAACUCGGGCUCUCUGUUGGAUCUCGUGGACGCAUGCUCACUGCUCUACAGACUGGAGAUGGAAGGGGUGGAUGUCGGGGACAGAUGGAACGAAGUGUUCGAGAGAUGUCGACCUCACAUCGACGACCACAUCCUCGCCUUCAACGACCUCCACCUUCUGAUGGGCUGUCUGGGCGCCAAACAGAAGGACAUCACGGCGAAGAUGAUGGAAUCCAUCGAACAAUUUGUCAGAGAAGGGAAGGGUACGAACCAUGACGUCACACGAGAUGUUGGUCACAAACUGUGUCAGAGUUUCGUCGCCUACAGUGACGGAGAUUUCGCCAAGGCUGUUGACCUUCUCUAUCCCAUUAGGUACAACGUCAUACGUAUAGGCGGCAGCCACGCCCAGCGAGACUUGGUCAACUUGUUUCUGAUCCAGGCAGCUAUCAAAUCUCAGUUAAAGAAACAUCACAAACUAGCCAGGAUGCUGCUGAUGGAACGGAAGUCGUUCAAAGACAGCGCACCGAUGACGGACCGACUCAUCAAGCGAGCAAUGGCGCUACACGCGGAUUAAUACAACAAAGCGGUCAACAGUCAACAGGACAUGGGAAAAAUAACACCGAUAAACCUGCCCGUAACGUGGCAUGGGUUGCUUGAAACAGAAACUUUGACUGUCAUGACAUUGUGUCAGUGCCAACUGCCAAACGAAUUUGAAAAUACGAAGUCAGGGGACUUUUGCCACCGUCUUAAAAAUACGAAAAAGUGUCCUUAUUAGAUUGUACGUGCCUUUACUUCUUCUUCUUUUUUUUUUUUUUUUUUUUUUUUUUUUUUUUCUUUUUUUUUUUGACUGGGCAGAGAAGACUAUUAUGGUGAAAAGAGUCUUACUGCUUCCCUUCUCCCGUAUGGAAUUUUAAUAUAGGCAGACGCUGAAAUUCUAUACAAAUGUGUAUGAGACAUUAACCUACUUAUUAAUGUGUUAAUAACCAAAUGUCCCGAGUCCGACCCCCGAUCCUAUCGGAGGCCGGACUCGGGAUAGGCGUGUUCGAAACCCUAGGACACGUUAAACCAGUUACUAAGGUAAUAACCAUUACACGAUAAUGAGGUGGAAGGUAUCUGCUUGUGCCUAUUCUAAGAAUAGGUUGUGGUAAUACCCAUGCACUUACACAAACCAAUAAACUAUUUUCCUAA